CUGUCCCAGCGCGCAGUCUCCAGGCUCCCUUCUUCAGAGUGACAGGAAAGGGUCACUCUAGAAAUCACUGCUGCUGGGACUUGUCAGGUUAUCCACCAAGAAGAGUUCAGUACAGAGGCUUCGUUUUGGAACACUGGGCCAGCACUUGGAUAGUGGAGGUCAGUCCACAUCAACUGAAAAAGCCAGAAGGGACUAACAGAAGGACUGCUGUUCCUGUUGUGUGACUGUUGAUGUUGCCAGGUGUCUCGCUAGCAGGAUUAGAUCGCAAGCUCUUGCCUGUGACAUCUUGUUGCAGUCAUGGCGCCCAAAAAGAAGACCAUUAAAAAGAACAAAGGAGAGGUCAAUGAGAUGACGAUAAUUGUGGAAGACAGCCCACUCAACAAACUGAAUGCCUUAAACAGUUUCUUAGAAGGAGGCAAUGUAUUGAAUUGCAUCUCAUCAGAAGUGACUGAUGCCUCAUAUGGACCCAACCUCUUAGAAGGAUUAAGCAAAAUGAGGCAGGAGAAUUUCCUUUGUGACUUAGUCAUUGGUACCAAAACCAAAUCCUUCAAUGUUCACAAGUCGGUGAUGGCUUCCUGUAGUGACUAUUUUUAUAACAUAUUAAAGAAGGACCCUGCCACUCAAAGAGUGGACCUUAAUGAUGUCUCACCAGUUGGCCUGGCUACUGUGAUUGCAUAUGCUUAUACUGGAAAGCUGACUCUUUCCUUAUAUACAAUAGGAAGCAUCAUUUCUGCUGCUGCCUACCUUCAGAUUCAUACCCUUGUGAAGAUGUGCAGUGACUUUCUGAUACGAGAAAUCAGUGUUGAGAAUUGUAUGUAUGUUGCUAACAUAGCAGAAACCUAUAAUCUAAAAACCACUAAAGCAGCCGCCCAGAAAUUUAUCCGGGACAACUUCAUUGAGUUUUCAGAAACUGACCAGUUCCUCAAGCUCACUUUUGAGCAGAUCAAUGAACUGCUGGUGGAUGAUGACCUACAGCUGCCUUCAGAAGUAGUCGCAUUCCAGAUUGCAACCAAAUGGUUAGAAUUCGACCAAAAGAGAGUGAAAUAUGCUGCUGAUCUCUUGAGCAAUAUUCGCUUUGGUACCAUCUCUGCUCAAGACCUAGUCAACUAUGUUCAGUCCGUACCCAGGAUGAUGCAAGAUGCAGAUUGUCACAAGCUUCUUGUGGAUGCCAUGAAUUAUCACCUGCUUCCCUACCACCAAAACACAUUGCAGUCUAGGCGCACGAGAAUCCGAGGGGGCUUCCGAGUUCUAGUCACUGUUGGGGGACGGCCCGCUCUCACGGAAAAGUCCCUUAGUAGAGAUGUCUUAUACAGGGACCCUGAGAAUGGAUGGAGCAAGCUUACUGAAAUGCCCGCCAAGAGUUUUAAUCAGUGUGUGACUGUGAUGGAUGGAUUUCUUUAUGUGGCUGGUGGUGAAGACCAGAAUGAUGCAAGGAACCAAGCCAAGCAUGCAGUUAGCAAUUUCUGCAGAUAUGACCCCCGUUUCAAUACUUGGAUCCACCUGGCAAACAUGAAUCAGAAACGCACUCAUUUCAGCCUGAAUGUUUUCAACGGGCUCCUUUUUGCAGUAGGUGGCCGUAACUCUGAAGGCUGUCUGUCUUCCAUUGAAUGCUACGUGCCUUCCACCAACCAGUGGCAGAUGAAGAAGUCUCUGGAGGUGGCAAGGUGUUGCCACGCCAGUGCAGUGGUGGAUGGCAAGAUCCUAGUGACGGGAGGCUAUAUCAAUAGCGCUUAUUCUCGUUCAGUAUGUAUGUAUGACCCAGCUAGCGAUGACUGGCAGGAUAAGUCUAUCCUUAGCACUCCACGAGGCUGGCACUGUGCCAUCGCUCUUAGCGAGAGGGUCUAUGUUAUGGGGGGGAGCCAGGUAGGGCCCAGAGGGGAAAGGGUGGAUGUGAUUCCCGUGGAGUGCUACAAUCCUUAUACUGGUCAGUGGAGUUACGUCGCUCCUCUUCAGACAGGUGUCAGCACAGCCGGGGCUUCCACCCUCAAUGGUAGGAUUUACUUGGUGGGAGGCUGGAACGAAAUAGAAAAGAAAUACAAGAAGUGCAUUCAGUGCUUCAAUCCUGACCUUAAUGAAUGGAUUGAGGAAGAUGAGUUGCCCGAAGCAACUGUGGGAGUUUCUUGCUGUACCAUUUCUAUGCCUAACAAUAUGACCCGGGAAUCUAGGGCUAGCUCAGUGUCCUCUGUACCAGUCAGCAUUUAAAUGUAGUAAGAUUGAAAAGAUGCAUUUGUAUAGCUAUGUAUUUAACUCCUUGGUCACUUGGGUUUUUUUUUUUUUUUUGGGGGGGGGGGCGGGAAGAGGGUUGGAUAACCACAAAGAGUAGUAUAUAAACUUCCCCUAAGAAGAUUGUAUUUUAAAAUAUAAUGGAACCAAGUAGGAGACCGGACAGCGCAGUUAUAUGGAGUCAGAGCCCCUGGGUUCGCAUCCCAACUUUGCCACUGUAUGACUUUGGGCGAGUUACUGAAUACACCUGAGAUCUGGGUCUCAUCAUAUAGUUUCCUCAUCUGUAAAAUGAAGGGAGUUGGUUAAGGUGAGGGGGAAGGGAAAGAGCACCUACAAUGUGCCAAGCAGCACUGUGCUAUGGGCUUUCUAAAUAUCUCAUUUGAGAUUCAAUUCAGUAAACAUUUAUUAAGUGCCUACUAUGUGCCAGACACUAUACCCUUUAUAGAUAUCUCAUUCGAGAUUCUAUUCUAUUCAGUAAACAGUUAUUAAGUAAGUGCCUGCUAUGUGCUGGGAGCUGUGCUAAGCACUAGUGAUACAAAAAGAGGCAAAAGAUAGUCCCCACCCUCUUAUGUUCUAAUGAAUAAUAAUAAUGACCUGCAAUUUACCUUCCAACUAUAAAACCAUGAUCCCACGCCAGGAGAUUUUAAAAACCCGGAUAUCAUCUAAUCGCCUAUAGUGGCUUGCCUGCGGACUUCCUUCACAAGUGGAAUUUUGAAUGGAAGACCAAGACUUCAGCCAUAGUAAAGAGGCAGCAGUUCCCAACAAUGACCGCUGGGUGGCACCUAAGUCUGGGUUUGUUGCUUUUCUCCUGGAAGUGUGUGAAUUUUCCAAUUCAGUUUUGACUUUACAUUAAAGUUUAAGAAUAAUCUUGCUUACGUUUACAUUACGGACCUGCAUAGAAUAGAUCCAGUUCUGUAAUACUUUAAAAUACAUCCUUUACCGGUAUGCAUAUUUCAUAUUAUCACUCAGUACUUUGUUACACAUUAGAUAGAAAACAAAUGCUCAUACCUACAGGACUCCCAUGGAAGCAAGAAAUUCAUUCUUGGGUAAAAUUCAUUCUCAGUCAUUUCAAUUGUGCAUAUGACACUUUUAAGAUCAUUGGAGGGGGGAAUUGGUUUGCCCUCUUACUGCCCUCCCAUCUUCUUUCCAGUCAUUUAUUUCUAAAACAACUUGAGACAAUUUGGUCAUAAUUGAAGUGUGGUUUUAUUUUCUUAGUUAUAGCUAGGUAAUGGAUAUCCUAAGGCAGUCUAUGUUAAAAAAAAAAGAGAGAGAAAGAAAGAAAGCUUAACAAACAACCUCAACCUGGCUCUAUUACCCAUCCCUUAGAAUGGAGUCUUAUAGGAAAAGAGCCAGGAUCCUUAAUCAAGGCUAGCUCAGACAAAAUCAGAAACAAAAUUUGACUUUGAUGCUCUUGAAUGUGCCUUUAUGAGUCCUUUCCUCCAUUUGGGGGCCUGUGGCACAAUAUCUUCCUCCCUAAGUAGCAAAACCUGUUCUCAGAAAAGAAUUUAACACCAGCCAUUUAUACAUUGGGAUCAAUUGGUCAAAGAAGCAAUAUGGAAGCCUGAGUUCAAGUUCCACCUCUGAAACAUGUUGGUCAGGUAGACUGAGCAAGUCACUUAAAUUCUCAGUUCUCUAAUCCACUCUCUGAGUCUAUAAAUUCUAGAGAAGGUAUUGAUUUGCAUUCGUUGAAGGAUCCCUCACCAAGGACUUUCCUAUAUCAGUGAAAUAACAGUUCCAACCUCUGUUUCUAUGACUUUGUUAGUACAGCAGUUCUAAUUAUAGAAUGAGAGGUUUUUCUAUUUAUUCACAAGGCAAAAUUUGACAAGUGAGUCACAAAUCCUAUUGUUAAUCCUCCAAACAUGAAGGCAGUCCAUCUAGUUAUUCUUUGGCAAAUAGACAACUCAUAAUACUGGAGGUAUAUAUAAUAGUGUCAGUAAUCUGAAACAUUAGAAUUCAUCACUGACCAAAAUAAGGUUAAAAUUCAGUCCAGUUUUAUUAUUCCCUCAUUUUUUCAGGGAAUUAUGAGUGGUUAAUUUUCCAUAAAGAUCACUUCCUAUACCUAUUUUUUAAUUCUGCCCAUUAGAACUAGAUCAAAGCUUCUCUAUUCCCAGAGCAAGGUUUAAAAAUCAGGUCCACUAUUUGUUAAUCCUUGCCAUGCUUCUGUCUUAGAACUGAUACUUAGGAUUGGCAGAAAGUAAAGGUUUAAAAAAAAGAGGAAAAGAAAUGCAUGUAUAAAUAUUAUCUUAAAAUAUCUAAUAAAAUACAUUUCAAAUGUAAUUUAAAUAAAUUAAAAGAAAUAAUAUUUUAAAGUGCCAUUCACUGUGUCCCUCCCUAUGUUCUAUAUCCUCUAUGGCUGCUAAUUUUUCCUGCCUUUCAUUUGUAUGAUGGCAAGACCCUAAGUUACACUAUUCUUGAGUCUUAAUAAACUUUUCAAUUUACUACUUAGAUGAAAAUCUCUUCAUUUAAUACUUUUCUUCCUUUUCUCUGGUCCUUUUAAACUAUACUGACCUCUCUUUAACACAUAUGAAAAAUGACUAUAAACUCUAGAUUGCUUUGGGUUUUGAUGCUAUAUACAUAAAGCAUAGCAACUCGAAGGACUUCUAUAUGAAUCCAGAAGGAAUCAUCAGUAUAAUAAAAAUGACAGAUAGUCAUCCAGUCUCUGUUCAGAGACAUUGUUAGAAAGUUUUCUCGAUAUCAAAUCUAAAUUUUGCUUGUUCAUAACUUACAUUUGUCGUUUCUGUUUCUGCCCUCUGGAGCCAAACAGAACAGCUCUAAUCCCUCUCCAAAUAUGCCAACCCUGCAAAUAUUUAACCACAGCUAUCACUGUUCUCCUUGAGUAUUCUCUUAACCAAGCUAAAUGUCCAGUGUCCAUUGACCAAUUCUCAUAAGAUAUGGAUUCAAGGCCCUUCACACAGUCUUGCUUGUGCUUCUGUAGACACUCCAGCUUAUGAAUGUCCUUAAACUAUAGUGCCGCUCUUAAACUCUGGCUUUAACAGUGAAAUACUAUCCUUCUUCUUUUGAGUCCCUAAUUGCACUGCUCCAUUUGACUUCUGAAUGAAAAACAGACAUAUUUCAUGAAGAAAUAUUAAAAACUGUUCAUCACCAUUUUAAUGUAUAUGCCUAGUUCAGUAAUUUUUAGUCAUGCCCAACUCUUCAUAACCCCAAAUGAUUUUCUUAGCAGAUACUAGAGUAGUUUGCCAUUUAAUUCUCCAGCUCAUUUAACAGAUGAGGAAAAUUUGCCCAAGGUCUGAGGCCAGAUUUGAACUCAGGAGGUCUGACACCCUAUCCACUGUGAUACCCUAGCUCCCUAGUUACCUCUACCCCAUAUUUGCUUUGUGAAUCAAGAUAGAAACUGUCUACUGUAUAUCAUCCCUUUUACUUUUAUAAUUGCCAAACUCUAAAUCAUCCAAAAAAGACAAAUUGUAGCCAAUUGAUAUACAUUUUCCUAUUAUUCAUUGUUCAGGUGGGAAUGUGCACAGGAUUCUACUUUCAUUGUUUUGGAAAGAAAACACUCUUUAAUUUUGAGCGAUCUGUAAUAAAAAACAAAAGAAACACUUAGAGGGUUAAAUAUGAGGUAUAUGGAAAAAUUCUAAUUCUGUUUUCAUUCAUCCUUGACCCAUCUUAUAUUGGAUUAUGGCUGAAAAUUGUGGUAUUUCUGUUCUGGUGGGGUUUUUAUUUCCUCAAACUGGGAAAACAGGUUUAUACUUUCAAUUUCCUUGGGUUAAUUUUAUAAUGUCACUUUAUGGUAUUUUAAUCUUUCAACAUACACCAGAGUCAAAGCUGUAAGUAUUCCUGAUAUACCUGAAGAGGGGUUUGUGAUUUUAAGAAUACGUCUACAUUCAGAAAGAAUGUCACCACCAAGCAGAUUGGCUCCAGUUCUCCCUCCCUGACUCUCCCAACCUUCCCUCCCCCCAUAGUAGCCAUGGGAAACCUCUCUAAACACAAUUCCCCUUGACUUCAAAGAGAGCUCUGCUCCCUUGGCAACUUGGCUGCCAGGGCUGAGUUAUAAAACAACAUGAGAAUCAGUCUUGUUGAACAAGCUAAGUUAUCUAAAAAGCUUUAAGAUCACACAUGGUUCAUCCCAUAUCAACAUUUCCUCUUAGCAGUCAUGGCCAUGAUGGAAGAAAUGGGAAUUUUCUGGAGUUAGCACUGUGCUAGUGCUUGUGAUAGAGCUUGAAACAAUGGGACACAUUAAAGUAAUGACAUCUCACAACUAUGGCUCAAUCAAGUGGGUUGUUAAACAUCUCAAAGCUCCAGCAACAGAUUCCUUCCCUAGGCUCUCUCUCUCUCUCCACAAAUAAUACCUUCAAAAGAUCUCAGGAGAAAAACAAAUAACAGUGAAGUCAAUGAUAGUGUGCUUCUUAGGAGAGCCUUAAUCAUCCCAGUCCAAGCCAAUUGAUCUCCAUCCCAUAAGUCAACAAGCAUUUAUUAAAUCCUUAUGAUAUGCCAAGGCAUUGAGUUAGGUACUAGAGAUACCAAUACCCCACCUCCACCAUAAUUUCCACCCUCAAUUCUAUCAGCAAAUAAUUAUCUCGAUUGUAUAACUGCUUGGAUUUUGACGAAAGUUCAGAGUCAUCCCUCAAAUAAAUAUCAUAGCUGGAAAUACAGUGAUUAGCCUCAAGUCCUUCUAAAUACCUACCUCAAACAUUAUAACUUACUCAGAGCCCGAGAAAUUUUGACCACAAAUGUUCUCCUUGAAAAUAUUUGUGAUGCUAUUUUGUUGUUGUUGUUGUUGAGUCAUUCAGUCAUGUCAGACUUUGUGACCCUCUGAACCAUAACUAGCCAUAAUGUGGCAAGGUUACUAGAGUGGUUUGCCAUCUUCUUCUCUUUUUGUCAGACAAUCAGAGAUGGAGUGGCUUGUCCAGGAUCACACAGCUAAGAAGUAUCUGGGGCUGGAUUUCAACUUUUCCUGAUUCCAGCCUCAGUGCUCUACUGGAGCAUCAUGAAAAAGUUCUUGCCCCAGGUAUUUUCAAUCAGUGACAAAGAUUUCACUUUUCAACAAGUUGUUUCAGCAAGACCUAUGAUAGCUUUUAUGAGGAGACUAUCUUGUCUAUUCUAGAAUUCCUGGUGGAUCCAAUGACAGGUAUUUAAGUAAAACCUGAGGGUACUUACUGCUGACAGACUCAAAGAUAGGAAAAGCUAUUCGAUGUGAGGUAUGUUAAGAAGAUUCCCUAAUGCAUGCCAAUGGAGACAGAUUCCACUGACUUGAAGGGAUCCUUGUAUCCAGAAUAGGCUUCAUGGGCUUGGAAUAAAAGAAGACUCGCGUCUUGUAUGGUUGUAAACAUGUAAGAAGGGAAUAAGGAAAGAUUGUGAAAGUGAAGUUCAUUCACCUGUGAAUGUGUGAUAAUAGAUUAGAUAGAUAAAUGUGGGAAAGAAAGUUUGUGGCGAUUUGUUUCUGUGAUGAAAAUUGAGAUACAUUUGAGUUGGAUAAGCCAUAUUAAAGUACUAAUUCCUCAGUUUACAAAUUGCCAGUAUGAAGAAUGAAAAAAGCUUCCAUAGCUAUACUUUGCAGUUUCCCAGUGUAUCAUUAUCCUGUAUCAUGCUUGCUGAAAUCAAGACAAUUGUGAAUUGGAAUGCUGUAAUGACUUACUUAAGAGCAAGCAGGAAGCUGUUGCAUAAAUUGAACUCUCAGGUGUUGAAAGUUAUAAUAUAGAACCUCUUUGGAGAGAGCAGGUUAGUAUUUGUCACUUUUUCUUUCCAACCUAUUUUUUGAAAGCUGCAUAAAAAUGUAGAACAAAAAGUGUAUGUUUUAUUUAUUAGGUAUUAAGCUUUAAAAAACUUAACACUUUUAAUACAGUGCUCUCAGGAUGAUUUGAGGUUUCUUUUUUUAAAUUUGCCAACUGGAAAUUGCUUCAUUUUAAUUUUGACUUAACCCUUCAUUCAGUUAUGUUGUCAGAUGUUAAGGGGUCAAUCAGUUAAAGACUUCCUUUUACUCACUUCAUGAAAAGUACUUAUAUUUUUAGAAAACUAGCAGUUUAGGCUGGGGCGAGGGGAGAGGGAACAUUUGAGUACAUACAUAGAAAGCAAAAUCAUUUGACAUGAAAAGAUAAAUUUUAAGUUCUCCUCUCUUUGACUGGGUGGGAGACAGAAGAGAGAAGCCACCAUCAUGAAGCAUGGGAAAUUAUCAGAAUCAAGGAAUCAAUGGAUGGAUUAACAAUUACAUUGUUAGUAAUGCUAUUUAAUAUCUAGUUACCUUCCUUGGGUCCACUGGAUUCAUUAUUUCUUAAGCAGCAAGCCUAUAAGGAUAUUGGUGGGAUUUCAAGGGAGAGGGGAAUAGGAUUUACAGGGAGGAGGGAGGACAUCGAAGAGGGUUAGGUGUAUAAAAAGCUAAUGUUAAAUCCUUACCCUUAAGAAUCUUGCAAUCUAAUCAAUCAAAAAAGAUGGGAAAAUAUAUGGUUGAUUAUAAAGUCAAGUAAAUAGGAUAAGCACAAAAAAAUGCAAAGUGUUCUGGGGAAUUUCAGGAUGAAGAGAAAAGAUUUGUUGCUGAGCCUUUAUUUUUUUUAAAAGAACUGGAAAGCAUUGGCCAAAGUCAUUGAAUGCAGUGUUUUUGUUUUGUUUUGUUUUUUCAAUCUACUGUAUUAAAGAAUGGUUGUGAGUUGUGAUGUGCUCAGUAACCUCAGAGUCAUUUAUUUUAGGUUCUAAUUAGGAAGUGGUGGAAUGUUAUAAGCUUACUGCAAUUAGAAGAUAAGGGAUGAUAGUAAAAGUUGUGUGAAUUAUUACCAGUCAUGCAUUUGUCAAUAUGAGUGUAAAUAAGUAAUUCCCCAGAAAUAUGUAAGCAUAAAUAGAUCGAUUCUUUACUUUCUGAACUGGCCAAUUACUUCUUUAAAACUCAGAAAAGCACCUAGAUGGAAAAAACUUAAGCCAUUUCAACUUUAUGUAUUUUUUCUAGUUAUAAUGAAAUUAAUUCAUAUAAUUUCCUCCAUGAAUCUGCCUAAGCUAAGGGGAAUAAGUCUCUGCUAGACUAAUAAAGUUUACCAAGCUCUAGAAUAAUUAUGAAUGACCUUCCAAAAUGGUUAGGUUGGUAUGCCUGAAAUAAAAUUAAUUUAUUUGGUAAAUUUUCACCAAAAAAAUCUAUUUUUAUAUGACUCUAGUACUACAAAAUAAAAUUUAUGCAAUAUUAUGUAACCUUUUCAUCAUCAUUAAAGCUAUGUUCAAUAAGAAUUAAAUAAAUAUAUGUGGAUCAUUUUGA